UGGUUUUUUAAUUCGCGCUUUAAGUUUUAAUUAUAAAAAUUUUUAUAGAAUUAGUUUUUUAUUAUACAAACCAUUUCCUGACUCUUAUGCGAAAAUACAAAAAUUAUAAGUAAAAAAACAUAGCGCAAAGAAAAAAGUUAUUAUCGUUCUGACUCAACUUUUCUUAUAAUUUACAGCAAUAAAAUGAGAAAAAAGAAAAACUUAGAUGAGCAAAAAUCGUUUCGCUCACAGGAUUCUCAAAUUCAAGAAAAAGCAUUUAUUCGUUGGUGCAACCUUUUUUUGAAAUCAAAAGGCUUUGAAAUUGAUAAAAUCAUUGAUCUUCAAGAUGGAGUUUAUUUGAUAAUCUUGCUUGAAAUAUUAAGCGGGAAAAAGCUACAAGAAAAUAUUAUCGACGGAGAUGAAGAUUAUGUGAAUAAUUGGAAAAUUAUUUUAAAGCAUAUGAAAAAUGAAGGAAUUUCAAUUUCAAAUCCAGUUGAUAAUAGUGACGAAGCAAGUAUUAUUCAUUCGCUUACUUUUAUUCUUUGGGAAAUCAUUUUAAGGUAUCAAAUCUUUGAUGAAACAAUUACAGAUAUGACGUUAUUAAACGUGGACUAUAAUCGCGUUUCUAGAAAUCUACUUAAAUGGGUUCAAUCUAAAAUUCCAAAUUGUCGCAUAGAAAACUUUACUAGCGAUUGGACAGACGGUAUUGCAUUAUGUCUUUUAGUUAACGCAAUACGCCCGGAUACAAUACCUCAAACUAUGUUUCAGAAUAAGUAUAACCCAGAAAUGAACGUUCGUUUAGCUUGUACAACUGCAGAAGAUGAACUUGGUAUACCUGAAUUAAUUGCACCUUACGAUAUUGCAAACGGAAAUGUGGACGAGAAGUCUAUGAUAACAUACAUAGCAAUAUUUCGUAGUGCAGAUAGAAUGGUUCGGCGAGGAAUAAAAACAAAAACAUAUACGAGUGACUUUAGCAUGUCGGAAAGCGAAACUGAAAGCAUAUUUGAUAAAGAUGGAAGCAAAGCGCUUCAUAAAAAACUUGGAAUACCAUAUAAGUCUCCUAGAUGUUUAGCUUUUGGUGCUGGUUUACGUUGGGGGCAGGUUGGACGACCAACUGAUUUUAUUGUGAGGUUAAAUGGAGCACAAGCAAGUGAUCUAUCUGUUUCAAUAGAAUGUCGCCCUUACGAUCACAGAGUUGCUCUAUAUAAACCUGAACUUCAAAUAAAACCUAUAGAAGAAUCAAGCUACAUAGUUAGAUACACACCCACUCGUCCGGGAGAGUAUGUACUUAGUAUUUUUUGUGGAGGAGAUCAUAUAGAAGACAGUCCUUUUCGACUUAGUGUACGAGAAACAGUCUUAAUGCCAAACCGUCUAUCUGACGAAGAAAUCAAUAUAAAUCUUGAUCAAGAAAAUAUACAGUUAACUACUAAAACAUUGACAAAUUGUUUAGAAGAAAAUGAUUCGAAAAGCAAUUUUUCCGAAAAUUUAGAUUCAAAAUCAACGGAUAUUAAGUCCGCACCAUCCUGGCUCGAUAAGCAAACUCGCGAUAUUUAUAGAAAACUGGGAAAAUUUAUAAACCAAGAAACUGCCACAAUGAAGGCAUAUGGAAAAGGGCUUAUAAGCGGCGAAGUAGGAGUGGUUAGUGCAUUUAAUGUUUCGACGCCAAAUACAGAGCGCGGUCCUUUAAGCGUAUGCAUUACAUGUCCAGCAAUGUCGAUACCAGUACCUUGUGUUAAAACUAAACUGCAACCUACAUCUUUGUUACAUGAAGUAUUAUACACACCUACAGAACCAGGGAUUUACGAAAUAGAAGUUUUUUGGAGUGAAAAACCUAUACCCGGUAGCCCGUUCCGUUUAACUAUCAACGAUGUGGAAAAAAAAGAGGUUAACCUUACUGAAAAUUCAAAUAAGUUGAAAGAAUAUUGUCGAUCUAAAAAUGAUAUAUCCAUUACAGAUGAAGUAAAAAUUUACUACAGCGCAACUUCGAAAAACAUAAUGGAUCAUUAUUGCAAAGAUCAGAUGGUUCAAGUUGCAAAAGAAAAUAUAUCUGAAAAUGUACUUUUAAUAGCUGCUGAUUUGGAGUUAAACUCAAGUGAAAGAAAAGUAUUAUACGAGAAAACAAACUUUAAACAACUGCCGUUUUUGUUUUUAAACGAAGAAUUUUUAGGUGAUUAUGAUGAGGUCAUGGAUGAACAUAUGAAACAAAACUUAUAAACAGGAAAAUUUUAAUUUCUGGCAACAGCAUAAAUUCCAAUAGUCAAUGUAUUUUUUUUUUAAGAAAAAAAAAAGAUAAUUCCA